CAUUCGAAUGACGACACCCCCUCCAUCUCCCACACAGUCCGAGAUUCCUUCUGAUGGGACGUCUAGGAAAACUAGACAAGCCACUCGGCUAAGAAGGUUGACAGCAAGAACAUUGGAGCAAGCAAGGGCAACAGUCAGUGUGAAUCCAGCGACUGGUAGAGGAUCCGGACCUCACAAGGAUCAGUUUCACAGUUACCUUGGAGUUGUGGCACGAGACAAGAUUCCAAUUGUUCACGCUAGCUGGAAUGAUGUACCUGAAACACUGAAGAACAUGAUAUGGGAUGACAUAUUGGCAAAAUUCGACAUCCCCGAGGGUGAUAAUGCCAAAAAGAAGGUGAUGUCAACUGUGGCAACGCGUUGGAGGCAAUUUAAGUCGGCGUUGACAACUAAAUAUGUGUAUGGUAACACUGACGGCCAAGCAAAAGAUGAUCCUUUGGUUAAAUAUGGCAUUAAUGAAAAAGAUUGGGCCGAGUUUGCAAAAAUGAGGCAAACCCCUACCUGGCAGGGGAUACGGAAAAAGGCACAAGAAAUUCAAAAGUAUAAUGACUCUCCGCACCUGUUGUCUAGGGGAGGCUAUGAGCUGCUAGAAAAAAAAUUAAUGGCUGAAAAAAGGAAGAUACGAGAAGAACAAGCAGCAUUUACCGAGGACCCUUCAUUGUACCUCCCACCAUCACCAAUUUCUAGACACGAGAAAUGGAAGAGUGCACGCACAAAACAAUAUGGCCAGAUGACAUCUCAAGCCGCCAAAGAAAUUGCUGACAAAAUUGACUCUUUGGAAGAGCAAAGCAGGCAGGGCAGCAUUGUGCCUUCCGGACGUGACGAUAUUUUGAACAUGGCUAUUGGAAGACCGGAGCAUCCUGGUCGUGUACGUGGGGCUGGGACAGGGGUUACAAUUACGCAGUACUUUGGUCCAUCAUCGCGUCGGUCUACCAGUUCAUCAAACAUCACUGUAGAACAGUUGGCUAAUAUAAUUGGUAACCUAAAAGAAGAAUGGCAAAGACAGGCUGAACAAGAAAACAUUAAAAGAGAGGAGGUGUGGAUGAGGAGGGUUGAAGAGGAAAAACAGCGCACUAUGGACACAUUUAAAGGACAAAUACAAGAAGCUAUCAAGUUGGAGUUGUCACAAAUUGUAUCACAACAUUCAGCCCCACUUCAGCCAAAUGAUAUAGAAGUAUUAGCAGCAAGGGUAAGCACGAAGGGAAGCUGUGCAGCAGCAGAGACAAAUGCAUUAGCUAAAAAACCCUCUGAGUUGAAUGGUGACAAUGUCGGCCUGCAUGUAACCGUUGAGAACUCCAACAAAUUAGUGGCAGUGGGCAAACGGUGCGACAGUUUUGGCACCAUCCACAACGUGCCCUAUGCUAAUGAUGUUGUUCGUGUGAGUGUGGUGGAAGUUAUUUUCGGUGAUGCGGAGGUUCCAAUCCCUACAUCAGAAAUAAAGUUUGUCAAAGAAGCUUUAGGUAGUUUUGUUCCAUGGCCAACACAUUUGGUCAAACCCAUCUUGCCUGAGGAAGCAGAGAAGGAUGUGAGCUCACCAUUGAAGACUGUUGAGGAGGAAAAGGCAGCUGAGGUUAUUGAUCCAUUGGGAGAGUUGGUGAAGAACUUGUUCGACAUUUACCAAAGGCCUGUUGAGGUGUCAUGGGAUGGUGCUAAAUUUGGGAUCAAUAAUGUCAAAGAUGGCUUCUUCAUCACACACGCUGAUGUGAGCGAGAUAAUAUUAGGAGACAAGUGUUUAAACAUCUCCAUUCUACAGCUAUGGCUUAUGUUUAUUCAUGAUUGGAGUGCGAGCAUUGGUUAUGGACCAUUGUAUGGGUUCCUUGAACCUCAGUGUAUCCACAAUGCAAGCAGUAGACGUCAAGAGUGUGAAAAUUACAUUGGAAGGUGGUUGAAGGAAGCAGGAAAACAAAUUUUCAUAGCACCUUAUUUAAACCAGGCCCAUUGGCAGCUCGUUGUAUUGUGCCCAGGCGACAAUGUAGUGGUUUGGUUUUGUUCUUUGAAGAAGAAGCCGGAUGCUGCCAUCAAGGGUGCAGUAAACAGUGCAAUGAAAUCAGUCACCAAAACUGCAGAGGGAAAGCCACCUCAGCAUGGGCCUCAGUGGAUUGAAGCAAAGAGUCAUGUUCAAACAGGAAAUUACGAGUGUGGAUACUAUGUUAUGCAAUGGAUAUGGUGCAUCGUAAGUGGUGGAUUGAAGGAUGACUGGAUUCACUGGUUUUCUGAUCGAUCACCGCUAACAGAAGAGACCAUGACCACACUCCGGCAUAAAUGGGCGGCCUAUUUUAUCCAAAUGAAGAAAUGCGAACCAAGAAAAAAUUUGAUAACUUAGGAACAGUUUUCGUGUAGGCCAGAAUUUUAUUUGUCUGCUGAGAACAGUACAUUGUUUAGAUAACUUGAGUUGUAUAUUUAAUUUAAUUUUCUCUCA